CUGAUGAGUCAUUAGAUGACUGCCAGUGGGGGCAAAUUUCACCUCCCAUGCCUGCACAUCAGUUUAUAAAGUGAUAUUAACCCUCCAUUUAACCCUCCAUAGUGAGACAGUCUACAAGGACCACGAUACAGUGAUCACACCUACAUGCUGUCAUGUGAAUGUCCCUAGAAAGCACGAAUUUUGUCUGCUUCGAGAAGAGGAGGAAUUACAGCAAAAAGCUGCAGCUUUCAAAUUCAGCAAGUCUUUGGAGUUCUGGCUGGGAGAACAAACUUAUGCUACAAAGAGGACUGUACAAGGGCACAAACUAUGUGCUUCCCACCUUUUAUGGAAUAAGACGUAGCAUGCAUAACUGUUGUUACUUGAGACAGUAAGCAGCUGCUCUUCAUACUUGCCUGCCUCCUAAAUUGGAGAUAUACUCGACUCCUUGUUGUUUUUCUUUUUUUCACCAAGUUCAAGCAUUGCUCAGAAAUGGAGUUGGGAAAUCUGCUCCCUGUGGUGAGAAUAAUUUCCACAGUGUAUUAUGUAUAACCACAGUCCUAAACUAUUAUAUAACAACUGAAAGUAAAACAGAAUGGAGCAGGGGGUGGAGCACUGAGUGCUGUCACCAGUACAAACUUUAUCCCAGUUUCCGUAUCAACUUGCUACAUAGAUUUCCGAGGCUUGUACCACAAUGUACUUGCCUGAUCCAGAUUCUGUUCUUCUGUUCUGAGUGACGUUCCAGUGAGCAAGAUGCUGGAGAUGGCACAGCCAACACAAAACUCCGCUGGAGCAUGCAGUAGGUUGGAGAAUCAGAAAACACACCUGAAAAUUAUAUGUCUGCAGUACCACCUAUAUCUUCUUUUGAACAGCCAUUUCUUUUGCCUUUUAAAGAAUAAGACUGGACUAACCAUCAUCUUCCUAUGUGCUUAUGUACCGAAGACAGAAGCAAAUCACUGUAAGUGGUCAGAAGUUCUGAAAGAUUUGGAGCAGAUCAAGACAUCCAAAGACAUUGAUGUCAGUUUAUAUACGGCAAACACAGACGAGGAUAAAGAAUGCCAAGAACCUGUAAUGAGGUGUUUUUUCUUAGAGAUGAAAGUGAUUCUUCAUGAAUGUAAUAUCAAAAAAUGUAGUAGAACACAGGAUGUAUUCAACAUAUGGAAAAAUGGAAAUGCAAGAUUUGAAAGUAACCAGGAGACUACCUUUCAGAAGAAAGAAUCGUGCUUCUUGCUGCAGUCACUCCUGAUAUUAUGGCUAAGGCAGUGAUAAUUCUGAGUUAUUUUGUGAAUUGCAACAAAACCAUUUACAAGAAGAAAGAAAUAUGAGGGAGGGAUCAUAAUGCUGUUACUCUCUUUGUAUUGAAAUAUCCCUGGAAAGGCAACCAAAAGUAGAGUCAUACUGUGCUAUGCAUUAUACAAAUACAACACAGUAGAUAGAUGAGCCUCCUGAAGAGAUUACAGUCCCAGUAAUUUACAAAGAUUGGUGAGUAACUGAUAUUGAAUACUGUGAUUUUCUUUCUGGAUAUAUUAAGACGAGAUGACUGAAUAUCUCACCUGAAUUAUUUUAAUUGAAGGAGUAAUACUUCACGUCACUAAUGCAAAGGAAUGAAUUUUUGGUAAUCCAGCAAAACCUAAAUGUCAAGCUCCCGUCAACAUCUAUCAGGAAACAAUGUUUCUCAUACAGAAGAGUUACUGCUCCUUGCAGCUUCUGUUCAGUGGUUAAUACCCAGGAGCUGUGUUUAAAAUAACCAAACACCAUCACUUACAUUUCAUGCUUUUCAUAUUUAGCAGAUUAGAAGAAACCCAUCGUGAAGAAGUUAAUAGCCCAUUGCACACAUUCCUGUCCUAAAGAAGGACAAAAUCAAGCCAAAAGGAACACUGCUAGUCCUAUCAACCCAACAAUGUCUGUAAAAAGUUUUCAUUCUCCUUUCUCUUACGCUUAGUAUUACAAGAAGCAUUGUUAGUAGAAUAAAGCCCGUGUAUUCUUCAAAAUGUCCGUAGAGAAAAAUCAGAUUUGUUUUGCACAGGGACUUUAAUCCAUGUCCUUUGUGUAAAGUUGUACUGUAGUCAGAUUAAAAUCUAAUUAGACUUCUUCAAGAUCACAGAUAAUCUAAUUAAACUCUUUUUUUCCUGUUUCAUAUCUCAUUGAUUUCCACAAAAAGGAAACAACAAUGCAAGCAUCUGGGAUUUUAUGAUCCCAGCGGGAACUUUGCCACCAAUAUUAGUGGGCCCAGCAUGAACAAAUCAAUACUCAAGUGAUUUCUUUUGCUUUUCAUUCCUCACCACUGGACCUGCUUGUAUUUCCUUAACAGUUGUACAAACCUGAAACAUUGAUCUCUCCCUCAGCUCCUCAGCCAGUUUCCAUAAUGACUUCAUUACAAGCUUACUCUCUGAGGAGUCUUCUGUUGGUUUUCUUAUCCUCCUGCUCAAUUAUUCUUCUCAAUUCUUGAACUGAGUAGCGAUCACAUCAAUUCAGUUACAAACCCAAAGAAAAUACUACAUUUCAGACAGACUUUAAAAACAAAAUUUUCUACUGAUUUAAUUGAUCUCUUAAAUCUAACCUAAAUUUCUGUAGAUGUUUUAUCUUAUACAGUCUAAGUUAAAUGCCAGUUAUCCUAAGUUUUACUGAGGAUUAAGGUUAUCUUCCCCUACCUGGGAACUAAUUUACUUACUUCUAUUACUUACACACAGCUUAGUCACCGUUUAAGGGUAAUGGUUACAAACAUCUCUACCUUAAUCUGUCGAAAUAAGCAUUUAGUGAAACAAGUGAAAGAAGAAAAUGUUGCAGUUUGUGCUAUUUUUAAAAUAGCUACGUGGGAUGGUUCUAAUUAUGAAAAUGAGGAAGAUCAUAUUGGAGAUAAAUGGGUAUUUUGUACUUAGAGUAAUAGAUCAAUCCUGUUUUAUCCCAUGGUGUUGUAUUAGGUGAAUAACGGAGCACUUGGGUUGUAACGUGGAAGGCCCUUCCCCAAGGUGCUUGCUAUUGGUUGUCCUACUUACUUGAACCCGUGUGGUAAGACGGGGAGGCUGUACUUCUUUGUUUUCAUAACAAAGUGUAUAACUACCCCAUAUAUGGCUUUUUGGAAGUGAGUGGCCAGAGCGGGAUAUUCAAUAUGAUUGGCCAGGGGCCCGCAUGAGCUUCUGGAACAGUCUAGUAAAAGAUAAGAAAUACUAUAUAGUUCUGUAACUUUUACCAAUAAACGCCAUUUUGCUGUUCAUCAUAUUGGUGCCUGUAUGCAGUAUUUGGCCCGGACCAGACUUUCGGUCUCAGCGUGCGAGGAUGAAAUACAGAGGGUUGCCUGCAUUUGGUUACACCAUGGCCUGUCCAAUGGGGAAAGAAGCAGAAUAUUUUAUGGGAAAAGAAGGCAUUUGAAUCAAGUUGGAGGACUACAGAGUGUCUCUCUGAGAAUUUUGCCAUUUCAUAACAGUGAAAAGAGGAUAUGAUUAAGCAUUUGAUGAUUGGUUGAGUAAGCAAGCAAGCAUAAAAGCAGAGCUGAAGUGUAAGAGCAGGAAGUGAUUUGUAUCACUUCUAACUUUCCUGAGAACCCAGUUGCAGUGUAAAGCAUAUAUUCAGGAUGGGUUUGGCCUGCCCUCCAAAGGCUUAUGGUCUCAGCACACAGUUUCUGCUUCCUACACAGAUGUUAUUUCCUUCUUUCUUCAGUAUCAAGAAGAUGAUUCAAAGCUGAAGCUACUGCAAUUAUUGGUACACAUGAGCAGCAAAUGGGUCAUAGAGAACAUCCCAGACAAACAUGUGCAUGUAAAGGAACAUUUGCAACCUAGCAUUUUUGUCAUAAGCUGGGCAAGAACAAGCUGAAGGCUUGCAGACAAGUUUCAGUCUGAGUGUAUCUUUGGUGAUAUUUGAAACUUUAGAUCUGGUUCAAAUUGUCAAACAAAAUAUAUAUUGUCGAAAACACAUUUAAUCCUGACAUUUUUUUUUCACCAGAAAACUGUACUAAAGAAAAAGAUUUUUAAUAUGUAUUUUCCAAAUUGUUUAUGACUUUUCAACAGAUGAAAUCAUGUUAUGUCACUGAAAUUCAAAUGCCUUAAUCAAAAACCUGGAAACACACAUAUAUAGUGACCACCCAUCAUUCAAAUUUGUCAAAGGAAAUAAAGAUUACGUUUUAGUAUUUUGUCACCUAACUCCAUUCAGAAUAACUUCUGGUCAUUCAAAUCUUCAGUGUGACAGAAUAUGCUUCAAGAUUCACUGAAAUCAGUGGAUCUGUUCUAAACCAUUUUAAUGAGGCUUCCACCAGAUCUCAUGUACUACAAAAUUAUUAGAUGCAUUUGUUUCUCAAACCUAAAAAGCACUAUUUUUUUCUUUUUGAAGCAGACAGAAGAAUUCACUUGCUGCCAUGGACAACUCAAAGCAUAAUCUAAUUUCAUUUGUUCCUUGACUGAAGUUCUCUUUUCGUUCUUUAUACGUUGUACACCUUGCAAGUACAGCCCUUGUAGACGUAAUUACAAAUUCCUUGACUUGUUCCUUUUAUAUUUAUAAAACCAUAAUUUUUGCAUUGCACGUAUAUGGACCUAGUUCAAUUUCUUAAUAUUAACAACUUUUGAUUUUUUUUUUUAAAUAGUUCGAUAUUCUUCAAUUCCUUCUGCUUACAGAACAAACCUGACUUUCAGUGAUGCUCCGUAAAAAAGAUAAUUACAUCAACAUAAAAGCAGGAAAAAGCUCAGUCAGCUCCCAUGAUCCCUGAAUGGCUAAUUUCUGUUGUAGUAAUGGUACUGACCUGGCUGCAACUGUGUAUCAAGGUACCUGCACUCUGAAAAACUGAGCUGUAAACUGACUAUCACAUAAAGAAGAAAAUGUUUAUGCUUAUUUACUUCCUCUAAGGAACUAGCCCAACACGUUGUCUAAAAAGUUCACUUCAUUCUGCAUUGUUGAAAGACAAUCUCAGUGUAAAUUAACUAUUUUUUGUUGGUUUUGUUCAUUGCUUGAUAUUUUUUUAUGAGCAACCUUAUGAGGUUUUUUUUUGGGUGCUGAAUUUCUUUAUACCUCAUUCAACUAAAUUCUUGCUAAGUAUCUCUGUUCCAUCUGAUGAGAACUUCAGAGGAGUUGAGAGAGUAGUAAAGACAAGGUCACAAGUUUAUGCACUGAUUUUUUUUUUUUUUAAGAUAACUGACUUCUAAAAAUUAAUACAUCUCAAAUAUGA